UCAAAAGUGAAAAAAAAAAAAAAGAAUGAACAAAAUGUAUCUUAUCUUUCUUCUAUUCUUCGCUGCAUCGUACUCAAUGUCAUUGAGUUCUGCAGAUUCCGUAACUAUCUACGAAGAUUUUGUCCAAUGUUUCAAAAACGUGACAACUAUCUCCGACAUUGAUCUCUCCGACGUCGUUUUACCACGUACUAGCAUUUCCUUCACUCCUACCUUACGCGCCUACAUCAGAAACGCCCGUUUCAACACCUCCUCAAUGCCAAAACCGUCGAUCAUCAUCGUGCCCCGUGUCGAUUCACACGUUCAAGCCGCCGUGAUUUGCGCCAAAACGCUUAAUCUCCAGCUGAAGAUUCGUAGCGGCGGUCAUGACUACGACGGUCUUUCUUACGUCUCCGCCGUAACGUUCCUCGUACUUGAUCUAUCCAAUUUCCGAAACAUCACCGUCGAUUUAAACGACGGAGGAGGAUCCGCUUGGGUACAAACCGGCGCGACGCUCGGCGAGCUUUAUUAUAGGAUCUGGGAGAAGAGCGAGGUCCAUGCUUUCCCUGCCGGAGUUUGUCCUACCGUCGGCGUUGGAGGACACGUUAGCGGUGGUGGAUACGGACACAUGAUUCGAAAAUUCGGACUCACUAUAGAUCACGUCGUCGACGCUACAAUCGUUGACGCUAACGGUCAGAUUCACGAUCGGAAAUCGAUGGAAGAAGAUCUCUUCUGGGCGAUUCGCGGCGGAGGCGGCGGAAGCUUCGGCGUCGUUUUAGCUUUCAAAGUGAAACUCGUGACCGUUCCAAAAACCGUAACCGUUUUCAGAGUUGAUAAGUCUGUAGACGAAAAUGCCCUUGACAUGGUUUACAAAUGGCAAUUCGUAGCUCCUAGAACCGACCCGGGUUUAUUCAUGAGAGUGUUGUUAUCAUCUCCGACGCAGAACAAAACAAGUACGGUGAACACUAAACUCAGGGCGUUGUAUCUUGGAAAAGCAGACGACGUCGUUUUAAAGAUGGCGGAGGAGUUUCCGGAGUUGGGUUUGAAGAAAGAAGAUUGUAAGGAGAUGACGUGGAUCCAAUCACUCUUAUGGUGGAUGAAUCAUGUAGACGUGGACAAAGUCAAACCGGAGAUAUUACUCGAGAGAGAACCGGAUUCGGCUAAAUUUCUCAAGAGAAAAUCAGAUUACGUAGAGAAAGAGAUGACCAAACCAGAAUUAAACCGGUUGUUUCAGAAAUUGGCGACGUUAGAUAGAACCGGUUUGGUUUUGAAUCCGUAUGGAGGGAGUUUAAACGUGACCGCAGUGAAUGCAACGGCGUUUCCGCAUCGGCACAAACUAUAUAAGAUCCAGCAUUCGGUGACUUGGCCCGAUGCUGGACCGGAAGCGGAAAGACUUUACAUUGGUAAUUUAAGAACGACUUAUAAUAUUAUGACUCCGUUUGUGUCGAAAAAUCCUAGGAGUUCGUAUUUAAACUAUAGGGAUAUUGAUAUCGGGGUUAAUGAUCAUGGAGCGGAUGGUUAUCGAAAGGGAGAAAUCUAUGGGAGGAAGUAUUUUGGCGAGAAUUUUGAUCGAUUGGUUCGUGUUAAAACGGCUGUUGAUCCGGAUAAUUUCUUUAGAAAUGAGCAGAGUAUACCAACUUUACCUCCUAAUAGAAGAUAGAUAACUUUAGUCCAUGUAACAAUAGUAACUUCCUUAUAGUGUUUUUUUAUGAAACUUGGAAUAUUUUUUAAUAGAUUUAGCUGCAAGCUAUAUUGUGGCAUAUAUAGCA